UAUGCCAAACAUUCAGAAAUCGGUGUCAGCCCCGGAUAUCAGGGAGGCAAACGACUUGCAGCAAUCCAAUGAAUCGUCUCGGGACAAUCGAUACUCCGAGGACCUCAGCUUUGACUUGCAUUAUGCCGAUGCGACCACCUCCUUCUCGAGGAUACACACGCGAGUGGAGACCUCCACCUGCGCCUUCCGUAGUUAUGUGCUGGUGCUGCUGGGUGCUCAGGUGUUUCUCUCUUCGCUGCAGUGGCUGGGCGCCACCUAUCGAUGGCGGCCACAGGUGACCCCGGGGGAGCGCAGCCUCUACAUCCUGCUCCUGCUGCUCUCUUGGACCAACCUGACACUGGCCUUCAUCGGCUUCAGGCGGCUGCAAUUGUCCUUUCCGAUCAACUGGAUCAUAUUCGGCUGCACCUUCGAGAGCCUCACGCUGCUGGUAAUGUGCCUGCGGCUCAUCGAGCAGGAUAUCACCUGGCACUUCAUCCUGAUCGGCCUGGGAGUGCUGGUCGUGUACACCGCGUUGGGGGCGUGGGUGCCCGCUUUCCUCACAGCCAACCUCUGGAUCCUCAUCAUCGCCAGCAUGAUAGUGCUCGUGGUCUCCGCCGUGGCCCUAGGAUUCUGUCUACAGAUGCGCUACUAUGUGCCGCUCAGCCUCAGCGUGGUACUAUUCGGUCCCUGGGCCAUGUACAACUCCCAGCGCAUCUUUGUUCCCAAAAAGCAGGACGGCUACAUGGCCUACCAGUAUAUGGAGGCCGCCUCCAAGAUGUUCAUUAACUACGCCUUCACCGUGGGCGGCAUCGUCUUUGCGUAUGGCUUGUCGGCCGAGACCUUGGACGUCAAGUGAUAUUCUUCUGCCGGGAAAACUGCAGUGCGCGUGUUCUUGAUUUGGAGAUACUUUUAAUAAGGGACCAAGAUGUGUAUUAAUUGGACUGUA